GACAAAUAAACUAGUGAAUGUGACUAUAUAAUGAAGGCAGGGUCCUAAGUUAACGAAUAAUCCAUAAAAUACCUAAGAAAAAACUGAAGUGUUAACAAACAACAACCUACGAACUUUUCAAGUCUUUUCUCGCGAAACCAGGAACUAAUAAUUGUACCAAGGUCUAUGAAAGUGCCGGAGUGCAAGUGAAUGAAAAUCGCGAAAGCUAUCCCUUUUUUGGAAAACAUAACUUCUCUCCUGAAUGAGUCUGCAAUUUUACCUAUCUGUCAUAUCAAAAUAAUCUGGGAAACAGCGCCAUCUAUUAGAAAAAAAGCACACUACGUAUGAAAAAAACUAUCCAGCUCCACUAGAGGGCGCAACUAGUACCAAAACAAAACAGACAGCAUGGAAGAAAUCAUGAAAGCCUUACAAAAUAUUCAAAAAGAACUGAACGCUCAAAAAAUAGAAAUUCAGAAAAGUGGUGAAAAGGUGACAGAGCAAGUAACACUCAACAUAAUUAACAAAUUAGAAGAGAAAUUUUCCAUUUUGGAAGAAAAACAUCAAACUUUGAAAGAAAAUGUUGAACAACAAGAAAAAAGGAUUCAAUUUAUGGAAAAACAAGCAAGACAAAGAAACAUAAUUUUCUUCGGUAUCGAAGAGAGUGAGACAUCCUAUCAUAACUUGGAGAACAAUAUAUUGCAAUUCAUAAGUGAAAGACUGUUAUUAAAAUUGGAUUGUAGAGAUAUUCAAGAAAUAAAGAGAGUGGGGAAAAAGGGUGAUAAGCCGCGACCAAUAAUUGUAACCUUUUCUACCCUUGGUUCAAAGGUCAGCAUUCUCAAGCAUAAAAGAUUAUUAAAAGACACCCAAUACUACUUAAACAAAGACUACCCUAAAUACAUACUAGAAAAAAGGAAAGAACUACAGGAGGAAGCAAAUAGAGAGCGCGAGAAAGGAAAUAAAGUCACGAUAAAAUACGAUAAGCUUGUUAUAUUAAAAUCAAAUAACAAAAGAAUACUGAUGACUUCACCAGAGUCAGAUCCCAAUUCUCAAGCACUAGUUGGUAAUAGUACAACAAGACCCAUUAAGAAAAAAAUAAAACAAUCAAACCCAUAUAUACCUAGAUCAAAUAGUGUCUCAGAAGGAGUUCUUAAACCAAGCAUUCUAAGCUAUUUAGUAAACAAUAACGUUAAUACACCACAUAACCAAACCAACGAUAAAACCAUUAACUUACAUUCAUAACAAUCAACUUCCCCCUCCCUCAAC